GUGUUGUGGUAAACAAAAUCCGAGGUGCGUGUGUGUGCGUAGAAGUGGUAAUGGAGGAUAGUGUUCUAGUCACUUGGGGCUUAGUAAGCAAGCUGCCUUCUUUCUCUUUUCCGCUAAACCACCGUUACGAGUAGGGAAUAGGCAAAUACAUCGUAGGGAAACUACGUCCGAAUCAACUUAAAGUGGGUGGUAAGUACUUGCAUGUCGAGUUUGCCCACGUCUGCACCAGAAUGUUAGCUUCUUAACUCAAAAUGCUAAUCUUGAGGCUAAGCUAGCCGGAACCGAUCAAAGCUAAUGGCGAUGCUAGCCGUCGGGUAGUGUCUAUUUCCUGGAGUGGGUCUAGCUGGCAGAGUGAAUGACAGUCUUAUUACCUGUACUUUCUGUGAAACUCAAAUAUUUAUUCAAAGAAGCUUCCGGGGUUCGGGAAAUUUUAUGAAGGUUAUCUUCAUUAUUUGUCAAAUCUUGUGCAAACGAUCGUUCGGGUACUCCCAAGUUUUACCCACUUAGAGCGGAUGAGUUUUACUCGUUGCAACACGGACUUUUUAGUUUCUUCAACCCAGGAAGUAGUCUUGUUCCGUCACAGCGCUAACGUGAGAGGAUAAAUGACUUGCAAUGAUUACUUUGUGAUUUGUCCGAAACGAAAAUAAGCUGACAAGUAAUUCUCAAAAGUGUGUGUCAUAUUUGUGAAUAUAACUGCAACGUAUAUGGAUGCAGGUUACAAUGUCUAUGGAACUAGCUAGCUUAUGCUAAGCUAGCUACUCCUUAUGGAUCUGCUCUCAUGCUCCUUUAGCAGGUUAGCAAACGACCCCGUGUUGGCUACUUAGCAUUUAAAGAGGAGCAGAGUUAAAGAGACGCGGGCUUAGCCAAUCAGGGAUGGUUUGAACCCGGUCCCAGCCCCGUCCCAGGAUUGCUAACUCCUCUUCACAACGAGGAAACGUGAAGAACCGUAAAUGACAACAGUAACAUACUGUAAAACUACACAGGCCUGUGCGUGUAUAACUUUAUACCGCCUCCACUGUUGAAUUGAAAUUAGAAACCAGAAGAAGUAAUUCAGUCAAUUUCUGUCUUCAUUCUGUUAAUACAGGGUAUAGGUGGAAAAUUAAUGCUUUGAACCCUCCUGAAAAGAUAUGUCUCAAAACACUUUGAUUUUGCAGAUUAAGAAACAAAAGAGACACACGUCCGAAAUAAAAUGGGACAAUAUCCAAGUAUUUGUUUGUAUGGGAGGUUUAAGUGGGGGUACAUGAAGCUUUGUAGAUAUCUCAAAGUAUCUAUCUACCUGAUGUUGCAUUAGGAUGCUUGAGAUGUAACAUGAAAACUGGCUUGUGUAAUGGAUACUCAAAGAUAUGUCCAAAAAGUAUUGUGAAUAUUUGCAGGCAGUUGCAUAAAUACAAACAAGUAACUCAAUACAGUGUGCUUGAUAUGGAAGGACAUAAACACAAGUAACAAAUUGUACAUAGCUGUAAGUCUAGAAAACAUCCAGACCAUGUCUCAGUGUUGACUGGGACCCCCUCUCAAAGUUAACCAAGUUCUCGCUUCAGGGGAAGCAGAACAGGAUACUCAACCUUGAAGAAUGAAAUCUUAGAAAUUUAUGAUUGCUUCCAAGUUGGAACCAGUUCUCGACACUGAAUUGAGAUGUAGCAGUGUGUUGGUAAAGAAGCUGACGUUUGACUUGAAUUUUCACUACACUUGCAAUUUUAUGCUAACAAGCUGUUUUACUUCACUUCACUACGGGCAACUGUUAUAAGUAUUUCAAAUCAAAUGAUCUGAUACUCACAACCUGUGCAUCAUAAACAAGCUUUGCAUAACACUUUAUAACAUAUUGAAUGAUCUGUUUAUCUGACAUGUUUUCACAAACAACUCUUUCUUUUCUUACUCUAUAGAAGCUGCCAUUGAGUUUUGGGAUGGCGUCAGAUACAGCUUCUCAGAACCAUGGCUCCAAAGGGAUCAUGACUUUUUAUCCCACCGCUGAGGAAUUCAAGAACUUCACUCGCUACGUUGCGUAUAUAGAGUCCCAGGGUGCACACAAAGCAGGCCUUGCUAAGGUAAGUGUUCAACUACGGUCAUAUUCCAGUUUUUGUUGUAAUCAAACCAUGUUUGAAGCAAAAAUUGCAAACAAAUCAUAUUCAAAGCAAAGUGAAACUAUGGUUAGUUACUUAUUAUUUGAGCAAGUAUUAAAUUAGUAAUCUAUUACCCAUCACUCCAUAUAGUUUGAGCAUCUUUACAUCAUCUUGUCCAACAAUACAUAAACAUGAUAAGGCUCCAGCUGAAUCUGGAUCCUCAACAGUGUGCUCACCGUUCACUUUCCUCCUCUUAGAUUGUCCCACCUAAGGAAUGGAAACCUAGAAGCUCUUAUGACAACAUAGAUGACUUGGUGAUACCUGCACCCAUUCAGCAGGUGGUGACGGGCCAGUCAGGUCUUUUUCAGCAAUACAACAUUCAGAAGAAGCCCAUGACCGUCAGAGAGUUCCGCAAGAUCGCCAACAGUGACAAGUGAGGAGCCUCAUUUUCUCUCCCUCGCCUUCUCUCUCUCUUGGGUGAAUGCUUGCACUGAUCAACAAUUUUUUUUUUGUAGGUUCUGUAGUCCACAUUAUGAUGACUUUGAAGAGCUAGAAAGGAAGUACUGGAAGAAUGUGACAUUUAAUCCACCCAUAUAUGGAGCAGAUGUUAAUGGCAGUCUGUAUGACCCUGUGAGUUGACACGUCUUGUAUGUCAUGGCUGUAAUAAAUAAUCAUUGGUACUGAUUGGGUCCCUGAAUGCUCUCUGUGCUGACACAUUGAGAAUGCUAGUACAGAUACUGCAGAUGUUUAUCCGUGUUGUUGCUUCAAUUCUCAUCUGUCAGUUUUGUUUUUAUCCGUUGUAUUCCUGCAGGGAGUCAAAGAGUGGAACAUUUGCCAUCUGGAUACCAUUUUGGAUACCGUUGAACAUGAAAGUGGCAUCACAAUAGAGGGUGUUAAUACUCCCUACCUGUACUUUGGCAUGUGGAAGACAACAUUUGCAUGGCACACUGAGGACAUGGACCUCUACAGUAUCAACUACUUGCACUUUGGGGAGCCCAAAUCAUGGUGAAGAUGCUUACUAUUCCUGAAUUUAUCAGCUGUAGAAACCGAUGAUUCACACCUAAACUUUCUUACUUUUUCUUAUCAAGUGAAUCAUCUGACAACAACCUGCAUGAUUCAUUUAUCAAACCAGUGAACACCUUUUCUCUUGUUUUAAGGUACUGUGUUCCUCCAGAGCAUGGGAAGAGAUUUGAACGAUUGGCUCAAGGUUAGAUGCAAGUCAAAUGUUUUCUGUAGGUUUGAAGAUAUAUCAUCAUUUAUUAUCGUGAAAUGUGAUGUAAUUUCCUCCCUGUCAGGGUUUUUUCCUGGAAGUUCCCAAAAUUGCGAGGCCUUCUUAAGGCACAAGAUGACUCUCAUCUCUCCUUCUAUACUGAAGAAGUAUAGCAUUCCAUUUGAUAAGGUAGGAGUAUUUAUACACCUGGAUUCCAGACAAAGGAAAUGUUCUUUUUUAAACCAAAUAUACAAAUGCAGUAGCUAAUAGUUGUAUUCUCUUUUACCUAAGAUCACUCAGGAGGCCGGUGAGUUCAUGAUAACCUUCCCCUACGCAUACCAUGCUGGUUUCAACCAUGGUUUCAACUGUGCAGAAUCCACCAACUUCGCCACAGAGAGAUGGAUCGAGUAUGGCAAGCAGGCAGUGUUGGUGAGGAACCAUGACAGACAACCAAACUGGUUAAUCUGGCCAGUAAGACUGUAAAGAAGUCCUCAUUUCAUGACUCAAAUCACACUCUAACUAUGUCUUUGUUUCCUGUAGUGCUCAUGCCGUAAAGACAUGGUGAAGAUUUCCAUGGAUGUGUUUGUGAAGAAAUUCCAACCAGAUCGCUAUGAACAGUGGCUGACGGGGCGAGAUACGACAUCCAUUGAUCACUCGAGGCCCACUCCAGAGGCUAAGGAGUUCUUGGGAGAGUCCUUCAAUGAGGUCGCUUCCAACACCAACAGUACCUCCAUAGAGAGCUGUGUGGAGGAUGGAGAGCGGAAGAGGUGAGUCUUUUUUUUCUUUUGUGAAUGAACUGUCUUUGCAAAUGGGGACAAUGAGUCAGUUCUUCUAUUUGUGUUGGUUACACUGUCAUGAAAACUUUAAGUUAUAUCAGGGAGGAGAAAUCAGGUGACAUCAUGAGACCCCAGACCUGUCUGUAUGCCUUUGCUGCUUUCAUACCUUUAUCAUUCUCAUAUUUUGCAUCACUCUGAACGGAUCAACUUAAACAAUGAAGAUCCCUUUUUGACUGAGCAAUGUCACUAAAUAUAUGAGAGACCUUUGAUAGAAAAGGUCCCCAGAAGAAAUGUCCAAAUCCAUGUUUUCAUUAAACAUUGACCAGUGCUCUUUUCAAAUGCCUUAUAUUUGUAUUGGUAAAUGCCACUGUGCUUUUCCAGAGAUACACUUCCUCACACUCAUGCUUUAAGAGGUGAUGGCACUCACAGGUUCAAUCAGUUCAGCUCUGUGGCAACUAUAGCUUUGAGAUUUUAAUGCUAAAUGUAGUUUUUUGCUUAAUUUUUCUCUUAGUUUUGUUGUUACAAAUAUAUGUUAAGUUAUCAUUUUUUAGAAAAUUAUAAAAAACAUAGAACAAAACAUGAGUGUUAUUUGUACAUUUUGAGGAUCUGAAGACUGCUGGUCUGGUUCUAAUCAGUUUAAAAAGCUAGCAGUAAGAAAAAUGUCUUUGUUUACACUAAAGUCAGGAUCAACAGGCUUAUAAUAUAUGAAAAUGUUAACAGUGAUUUAGCCUAGCCCUAACCCUGCUGCUUCACUACUUCCAAUUCAACAGCUACUGUAAUGAACGGUUGGCAGAUUCCCAUCUUUAGGGAGCUGCCCAGACACAUACUGAUAAUAACAAUAACUUUACUUAUAGCACCUUUUUAAAACAAAUUUACAAAGUGCUUUGACAGACAAAGCAGGAGUAAGUUAUGAUUUUGACAGAAUAGGAGAAAUAAAUUACAAGUCAUAGAGUAGGUGAUAAAGAUUCCCAGAAGAGAGGGGAGGAAAAGAAAGGUAAAAAGGUAGACAACAUCACAUUAGAAUAAAAACAGACAAGAAGAUGAGGGGCUGUGAGGUACAAAUAAACCAACCAAAAAUAAAUGAUAGUAAGUAAGUAGUAAGUAAAAAAAUGAAGUAAAUGUGAUCAAAGACAGUACAGUAGGGGAUCAAAUGAGGAUUUGCAAACAGGUGGCUCAAGCAAAAGCAUUAAGAUGUGAGUUUUUAAAUGAAAUGAAGUUGAAGUUGAAAAGUAGCUAAAAGGUAAAUUCACAAAAACAAGUCUGUACAAGUGAGUUUUUAGAAGUGAUUGAAAAGACGUCUCUAAAUCUACACACCCUAUCUCCUCAGGGAGGUUGUAGUGUAGGACCACAAUUUAACUGAGAACUGUAAGGUACAGUAGGGCGCUAGCCACCGCUCCCUGGCGUCCCUUACUAUGGACAAAGAUGCUGUGGACUCUCACUAAAUAACAGGGGAGGGACAAGGAUAUAAAGGGAACACCAUAGACAUUUAUUACACCACAAACAAAAUUAUGCACAAUUGACUCACUAAAACUUACACUAAAAUAUGUCCUGUCUAACUAUACUAAGUCCUACUUAAUACUAAACCUAAUGGUACCAAUGUUGCCCGGGGUUGGAGCUCAGAGGAGGACGUGAGGAUUCUGAUUCAGCCAGGAUGGAGGUCUGUAGCGAGGUCCCGAUGUUGAGGGAUUAUGUGAUCAGGUGUCCACGGGAGAUGAAUGGGAGCUGUUCUCUGGUGAAGAGGGGAGGGGGUGAAGAUGUGAUCCAGAGGAGGAGGGGGUGAACUGAAGUCCUUAAACUGGGGCCAGUUAACGUUUGCUGGGAUACGAAGGACAAUGACGCCGCUAGCGAGACCUAGCUAGCCACUGUCGGGAAACGAGAGCUAACAUUAAUCGGCGAACUAACUUCAGUUCAAAGUCCGUUUGUUUCCUCCUUUAGGUAUAAUCUUCACAGGUCUAAAAUAACUUGUUGUGCGGGUUAUUAAUUACACGAAACUUCACCGAAGGCAUGAAUCAAUGUACAUCUGUUGGACACACGAAGCUGCUCCGAUCGUCUUCUCUUCUCAAAACUUUCUCCUCUCACUCUCACUCUACAGGCUGACACACACACUCGCACCAAAUCACACGCGCACUGAUACAAACAUAUCAGCCUAAUUACAGCAACACUGAAAAGGACGUAUAUCUCCGCUGUAUGAAUGACAUCGGGCACAACAACAACAAUAACAACUGUACAUCGCUGCAGUAACAAUAAUAAACAAGAUCUCAAAUAACAAACCAGAAGUAAAGAAGAAAGAGGGCUUAACUGGGCAGGGAGCAGUGGGAAGCCUAUGUUACUGCUUAGAGGGGUUCUCAAAGUAAAUAAUAAAACUAAUCUUCUAGCCACUUCUGAGUCUUCAAUACAGAGGUUGUUCCAGAGUCUAGAGACUCUGAUGGAAAAAAGCUCAGUCUCCUUUAGAUUUGAGCCUCGACUUUGAAACGACCAGCAGCUGUCCCACAGUCUGAGGAUGUCAGACUGAGGUCCCUCUUAAAUUCUUGUGUGGUGUCAUUGAACUAGGCUGCUGUGAUAUAGGAGACUUUGAUUUUAAAUCGAGCAACAGAAUCCAGAGUGUUCCUGCAGAUAUGAUUAAAUUGGGAGACCAUCUCUUCAGUGGUAUAAUUUAUGUCAAAAGCAGUUCAAGAAGCAGCAUUAAAAAUCUCUGAAAACCUGGUAGCAGACGCAGAAUUAAAAAUCCAACAAGAGACUGUAGUGCUAUUAAUAACAGACAGGAUAGAUAAACCACACUGAAUAAAACCAGUUUAUGAUCUGACACACAGAUAUCUUUGGUAUCAAAGUUGUAGGGGCUGAGAUCAUGAUGUAUAACCAAAUCAAGGGUAUGACUUUUUGAAUGAGUGGGGAUGGGAAUUGCUUGGGUAAUUUAAAGGAGUCUAAAGUAUCCAUAAAAUCAAUCAGAGGGGCAGCAAACAUGAAUUUUAAAAUCACCUAAAAUAAGAUCUUGUGAUUAAAGAACUCAGAGAAUUCUUGGAUAAAAACACAGUUUGGCUUAGGGCGGUCUGCAUACAGUUAAAAUUAAUGACCUGCUGCAUAGUAGCUGGUAGUGUUGGGCAGGACAUACACUGUGAAAACUGAACCUUAUUCCGACCUGACUUUUUAGCUGCACAACUGAUGAUGAAGCUGAACCAGAUUUCAUAUGGAUGCAGCAAAGUUUACCACGCUGCACAGUGGGGUGUUGUGGCUGAUCAUGGCCCAAUCAGCUGCUCCUGACUAGUUGAAUUACUGACAUGUUAGACAGUGAAAGCAGACCCCGAGCUCCUUCCUGAAGUUCAGAACUUUUUCCCUUAUUCCGCAGAUGGCGCCUGAACGCCCCAUGACAUUAUAUCCAUGACAUGUCCCAUGACACGUCACAUGAUGUUGACAACUGAAAUAUGUUCAGAAUUACACUGAUUAGACUUUAUGUACAGAUCACCUGUGUGAUCAAAUAAAACAGCUUUACCAAAAAUUCUACUUUUACAAUGCUACUUAAUUCCUGUUUUUAUUGACACAUCAGAAGGGCGAUUCUCAGGUAUUAGACAGCUGUAGAGUAAACUGGAUGCACGCAGUAUUCAUUACUUUUGUCAUUCAGUUGUUUUGUCUGAAUAGGUUUGUUUUUAGAUACAGACUGAACUGGAUCAAAUCACAUGUGACUCAUUGAUCAGAAUUCUUUUGUUGGAGUGUUUUCAGCUGGCAUGAUACAUUUUUAUGAAUGAAGCUAAUGGCACACCUGUGUCCUGUUAGUCGUUAUAAUUGAGACAGCCAGAAACUUUUUCUGUCAAGUGAAACAAUAACUUUCAUAGUUAGUAAAGUAACAUUGAACUCUACAGCAUCUUGAUGUCACCUCUGCUCUGUGUUUCUGUCUGACAAACUUUUAGUGCUACACAAAGGAUAGAGACCAAAAGACACAGAGUCUGUCUCGAUGUACCUGACGAGGUCGUUCCCAAGGAGGAAGACGAUGAGGAUAUGGGGCUGUAUGGGAAACGGCCAAGGCUUAGCCUUAUACCUCCUCGCACUGUGCCACAGGAUGGAAAAAGAAAUAAAGGUAUUUACACUUUUAUGCCACUGUACGGCUCUAAAGUAGAGAGUUCAACAUGCUUUCAAAUGUUCUAUUGUGAAAUUAAGAUAAACAAGAAUGAAAGAGUGUAUUUUUCACCAUCUCUUCUAAAUCCAAGACCUCUGCUUUAACUUACAGGCCCACCCAAAUUGGUUGUCACACCGACCAAGCUCACUUUACUGGAUCCUUUUCACAGGGGCUUGAGUCAAAGCAACGGGGAUUCAGGCCGCCCCCCUCACUAUACCAAGACUCGUGCUCCUGCAAUCUCCUCCCUGUCCCAGCCUAGAAACGGGCAUCUGUCAGUUUCAGUUGCACCUUCAUGGUCUGAUUCCACGACUACACCUGCCCGCAAAAUGGGAGUAGCCAGUCUACUUUUCCACAGGACUCUGAGUCCAAAGGACACUCUCCAGGUGCACAGCUACACUCUAGAGAAGCAGCAGCAUCCACACACUCAGCUGCAAGUGCACAGCUACGCCAGAGAGCAUCAACCACGCCAUCUCCAAUACAAAACCUGCACACCGUCACACACACAGGUUCAGUCCUCAGCGCUGGCUCCAAGCUGUGCAAUAUCAGAACCUCGGCCUGAAACCAACAACAUGAAUCCCAAAGUAGAACUGAAAGAACCAGAAGCACCGCACCGUGUGGAGCAGCAGGAGGAGCAGCAGGAGGAGCAGAAGAGUCAGAAGAAGGAAAUACCCCAAUCAUUGCCUGCUAUGAUUAAAGUUGAGGAGAUAAAAUCUGAAGAGGAGCCCAACAGCAACACAAGCGUUACUCAGAAUCAAACACAACACAGCGAGAUAAUCAAAGCAGAGUUGGAGCCUCAGAAGAACAAACGAAAGGUUUGGGUUUUUAUGUAUUUUUUUAAAUAUAGAAUGAAAAGAUUUUUUAAAGAGCACUGCUGCCAAAGACAUGGUACUUCAAAUGAGUUGUUAAAUAGCUGCCUUUCCUCGCUGCAUGAAUUUUCUCUGCUAACACAAAACAUCGAGAUCAACUGCUGAACAAAUAUAAACUUCAGUUUAUAUUUGCAUGGCCUUUCUCUGUUUUACUGUCAUGCAUGAAGGCCACUCACAUCAGACUUAUUGGGGUCUCUGUACCGGUGCAUUUCCCUUGCAUGAUGUUUGCAUACUAAUCUCUUUGAGCUCUCUGUUCAAAAUGAUCAUCAUACUAAUAGAGGAAUUGUGUGUAACUCCUCUGGCAGAAAACACUUAAUUAACACGACUUUAAAGUCUGCCAUGAAUGUUGAAUAUUAUCGAUGCUGUUCAAACUACAGAGUUACCAAUGCCCCCUUGUGGAUAGUGGCAUUGUCAUCGUGAAAGACACCAUUCCUGUCAGGAAACCAAUUUGCGAUGAGAUGAAGGUGCUCGCUCACAAUCAUCAUGUAAGUGGAUGCUAGCUGUGACCGAAUCCCCAAAGGGAUCAGUAAACCCAUUGUUUAAAUGGAGAUGUAUGCAUACCUGUACAAAGCUCCCAAUAUGCCUGAAAAUUCAUGACCACUGACGCUCUUUGUUGCUACAGGUGCUGUGCACAGUAUCUCCUGUUUUUGAGGUGUUGUCUAGCUGUACUCUUGUUUCUCCAGCAGGUGUCAGAAGAACAGUCAUACUGCAAGUCAGUAGUGAAGAAGCAACAGCAGCAGGCAGAGCUCCCAAAGCUUCCCCGUCAUCACCCUCUAAUCAGGGAGCUGCACAGUGAUGACGGUGAGCAGUGUGUAGUUCAUUCUAACAGAAGAACAAAAAUAUCCACUACUUUGUUUAUGACCUUUUCUCUUGGAUGAUCAUAUUGACAAUUUCUCUUUUUUUCUCACAAACCUACCAUGGCUGAAUUUCCUCUUCUCUUAAAUUCUUCUCUCUCCUCUUCAUUAAAAUUACACAUCUGUCUGUCAUCCCAUGAUCCUAUUUGCAGAAAAGUAUGUCGAUGUAGAGGUGGAGCAAGAGGAGAAAGAGGAGUGGGCAAAGCCGCUAGCCCAGCUGUGGCAGUGUCGGCCGUAUAACCCUCAGGCGGAGAGAGAGUACAACAGGGUAAUGGGUCAGCAGGCUCCCUACUGCUCCAUCUGCCUUCUCUUCUACACCUACCAUCAGGUGAAAACCCUCAAGAUCUAAUCGUAUAACUGAUCUGUUUGUUCUUCCACAGCCUGUUUAUUAAAUAUUUACAAAUGAAUUCUAGGCAUGGACUCACAUUUACAAGGUAUAAUCUCUCUUAAGUUAGUAUAGAAACAAAGAUAUACAGAAAAUGACAACAAACAGUACAAAGAUCAAGAAAAAAGUUUAAAAAAAAAAUACAUAUUUGAAUAAAUACAUAAGGACAGCAGCAUCAAAUAUUAAUCGUAAGGUAUAACUGUAGGUUUUGUCUCAGUUUGAACAUUACUACGAUACCUGUUGUAUCAUUCAGGGAUAUCUGCAAAUCCAGCUCCUGUUGAGCUCUGUAAUCAAGGUAUCCACAGGGUAGUAAAAGGUUGUAAAUGAAAUGAGCCCAAGUUAAAGCCAGUAAAAGGUAAUAAAAGCUGUUUGACUUGGUAGUAAAUCUAUUAUCUAUCUUUUAUGACUUUUCCAUUGAUGCAGAAUUUUAAUUUUAAGUUAAUUUAAUAAAAAAAAAAGAAAAAUGCGUGUGUUGGUAGUAAAGCAUUCUCGAGGUAGUAAAAAAGGUUGUAAAUUCAACUCUAGGAUUCCUGUAUAAACCCUGGUAGUUCAACUCUUUUCUGCCAUACUUUUGAUCAUUCAGAGAGUUAGUUAGUUAUAUUCUAAAGAAAGAAUACUUAUGGCAGUUAACCCUUGAAGCAAACAGAAUUUCAAAUAUUCCAGUAAUUUUUUUAAUGUUUCAAGUGUUGCUGGUCAUAGCUAUUGUACAACAAAACUCUUGUAUUUUCAACAAUUCAGUAUUUGAGUCAAUCAAUCACCUUAUUCAUGCAGCCUGUAAGGUUUAAAUGUUAGUUUGUGUGUGUUUGUGUGUGUGUGUGUGUGUGUGUGUGUGUGUGUGUGUGUGUGUGUGAGUGUGUGUUAUAGCUUAUUGUUAAUAAAAUGUACAAUGUUGAAAAAGCAGAAAUAUACAAAGUGGUAUCAAAAGUAUGAAUAUCAUAUUAAAGCUGAUAAAAAAAUUUUUAUUUAUUUAAUAUUUAUUGAGAAUAAGCAUUAAAGUUGUUGGAAAAAAAAGUCUCAUAGAUUAAAUUUUCAUAAUAGUGUUGUAAUUGUGCUAAUGUUGUUUUUCAUUAACUGCCAACUGAACGGUUCAAAUCUUUUCCAGUGAUUUACAACUGACCAUUAAAUUUGUUGCUCAUGUUAGAAAAAUGAGAAAUAAUGAACUGACAUGCCCCCUUCACAUUUCUGUGCCUCUCUAGUCGGAGUCCAGCACUGCAAACUCAUGUGUGACGCUGGUAAACCGUCCGGGGGGCCACCAGUGGUCCAAGCCACUCAUCCCUGAAAUGUGUUUCAACACCCAAACCAGCAAGUCAAGUGAAUCCAGCAAGGGGCAGCUGUCCAACCCUCAUGUAGCCGAGGAUGGGACCAGCCGGCUGGUCAGCUGUGCUCAGUGCUGCGUCCGUGUACACACAAGUAAGCCUACGAUAUUUCUUAUAGAGGGGUACAGAUUAGAACAGAUUAUUUCUCUAUUUGGUCUGAUGAGUCACAUUUUCAGAUAUGACCAUCUAGAUAAGGCGCACACACUUUUGCAAAUACUUGAUAACAACAAUGAUUAGCCUGAAAUCUAAACUGCUCCAUGCUCAUAUUUCACUUCCUUUUUUGAUUUAGACAAGACAGCUUUUUGACUACGCAUGCCAAGCAUUUCCUACGAUCACAAUGUUUAGACUUUUUCAUGCAUGUGAAAAAGCAAGAGCAGGAAAUGAAACCACUGCGUGCACACAGUUUAUUGAUAUCAAAAAUUUCCCCGUUCUCUUCAACAAAAAUCAUGAAAAUCAAACUCAAGAGAAAGACGCUCACAGUGAGUGAGUGAGUUGUUCCUUUCUGUUCCUCUUCAGGUUGUUACGGUGUGUCCGGGGAGGGAGCAGAGCUGGACGAUUGGCUGUGUGCUCGCUGUGAAGCUGAUGCCGUCACAGAGGUUGGUUUACAAGGCUGUUAUUGGAAGACAGUUAUUUUUAUUUUAAAAAUCCUUUGUCUGUAAUGAGUAAUAAUUUUCAUCAUAGUUUUUGUCAAUAGGCCUGUAUACAGACAAACAUGAGACAAUUAAAACUAAUUGUAGAGGACAAAAGUUAUGAAGAAACGUACCAGCGCUUUCAUCAACAAAUAGAAACAUAACCCAAAAAAUCUCUAUCAAAGAAUCAGAUAUUAAACCAGAACUAAUGUAGCUGUGUAGAAGGGAAGGGUGAGGUGGGGUGGGAUCCAGUCAGAACUAGAAGACCUUGUCCUAAUUUCGGGAUAUGUUGGAGAGCAUAUUGAGUCAGAAAUUUGACAGUUUUCAUGGACUAAAUCCUUGAAGAUAAAGAUGCAGUCAGGAGUAGACAGAGCUUAGCUUAUGUUCAGUGCCUUUCGACCCAGGUACACUCAGGCGUAAAAGUGUAAUUCAGAACAUAAUGAGCACAUAAAAGUGUGUUUAUUACACUCUUGUCUGAAGUCUACGUCAUUGAUUAGUGGCAAAACAGGAUUUUUCUCUUUACUCGAAGGAAGAAACUUUCCUCUUAAUUUGCCUCUCUAACAGCUCGGAGGAAGAAUCUUGUCUACAUUAUCCAACUAAAGCAAGAAAUCCGAUUUUACACAAGUAAAAGCAUUAUGAAAGCAUAAUGUUCCUUUACAGAUCUGGACUUUUGAUUCAACCUUGAAAUCUCUGGUUGAUCAGCUUAUUGAAUCAGUUUAGACACAUUUUGAAAUGUAAUGACUUUUUAACAGCUGAAUCUAAAACGUCCUGGGUUAUCGUCUCAAAUCAGGUUGUGGCUAAAAAGACAUUAAAUGUGACUUUGACUAAUAGGUCCUCUGUCCAAACACUAAGAUAAAGACUUCAUCUGAAAAAGCUGCCAAAACUCACAUUGCAUCACAGUAACAGAGCAGCAGUGUGGUUGAAUAGCUCUUCUGUUUUUUCUUUUUUUUUUUUUAUAAAAAUGUGUGCAGGUAAGGCUGCUGAAGUUAUUAUGUAAUCUUAUUGCACAAUCCAGACUAUUUGAUAACCCAGCAGAACUAUAAAAAGUCUGCUGGUUCUGAUCUCAUUGUUUCGAUCAACUGAGCCCAUGACCCCACCUUUGCACUCUCAAACUGGGCUCUGCAUGCUGCUGCUUCCUUUGUUCAGACAGUGAGAGUGUUCCCUUCCUUUGUUUAUCCUGUUUGAAGAAUUGGUUUUCCUAAAUUUUGUUUGUAAAAUGUAUUUCUAAAUUUCCUUGGCUUUCAACUCUUUGGUCUGCUCAGAACAAUAGAUUGUUGUUCAGAGAGAUUUUGGGAAUGUGGCCCAGGCUUUGUACAAACACAGUUUGACCACAGGUGGGCAUGCGUCACUUUAGAUUUCAGUGUAACAGCUCGGGGGGCUUUGGCUCCAAACUGUUUCUAUCUUAAGGUGUUGGUGCUUCAGGGUUUGCCAUCAGUCCUAGUGUUAUAAAAAAAUCACUUUUUUGUUCCUUAUCAGAUUAUAUUAAAUCACAGGUUUUCUCAGGGUUUGUCUCGUUCUUUAUAUUAUUAAAAAGGCUCAAAAAUAUGUUGUUGUUCUGAUUGUUCACAUGGUUUUACUUGCUCUUUUUGAUUUCUAGCAGAUAUUUUCUAUCCUCUAUGAAUAAAUUAUCUAACUGAGUGUCGUUUGUAUUGUCCGUAAAUUGGAAUAGCAUUGAGGAUUAACCAGGAUUUCAACAAAUAAGAUUUUAAUGUUGGAUUAAGUUAAUACUCUGAGAAUGUCAGUAAUAUGAAGGCAGUGUUACUGUUUUUUGUUUUUUAAUUCAGACCCAGUUUUUUUGGCAUUUCACGCCCCUCUUGUACUUAUAUUGCAGAACCUGUUGGCUUCUGUUAAAAUGUCAGUGAGCUGCUCUUAGGCAGGACUGAACCUUGCACCUUAAGAAGCUUUGAAUAGGUGGGGACUGGGUUACAUGAAGUAAAUGGAUUAAGUUUAAAAAAGGAAACAGAUUCCUUUUUGGGUCUUGGUUUUCAGUUUCAGUAUUUCAGAGAAUAACUCAUUGUUUUUUGUCUGUUCCUCAGGACUGCUGUCUAUGUUCCCUGAGAGGAGGAGCUCUGCAGAGAGCCAACGAUGACAAGUAAGACACUGUGACUGACAACAGUAGACUUCAAUUUGGGCACCAACUUUUCCACUAAGUUUAGAUCAGAAGCUCUGUCGGAGAAGUUACCAAAUCUCAGAGCCUCAUGACCUAAACUUGGGGAUUCCUUUGUGUUUUAAAUGUAUUUUGCUGAUUGUUCUCAGAAAAUUACAGCAUGUUUACAUUUUUAGUGUUGCUGAUAUUGAAGAUGUUGACAGAGGUCAAAUGCUUUGUAGAUCUGCAGAUUUUGGAGGUUUCAAACAAAACGUCAGUCCGUCCUUUUCCCUUGAAUUUUUGUCUUGGCACAGUCAUAAACUUCCACAGAAAAGGUCACCAUAAGACAUUCAGACUGAUUUCCGAUUUACACAAAACAGCACAGACAUGGUGGCUCUGAUAUUUCAGUACACAGCAGGUUGUUAUGCCUCUGUUUCCUUUCCUUUGAUCAUAUCAGGCGCUUGUGGGUUUUUUUUCUCAGCUUCUGCUGAAAUCAAAUUGCUAAAACCUUUGAAGCAAGUUGCAUGUUUAAAAUGCAAACAUGCACAUGUAAAGCUACAUGCAAACAUACAACCAGCCCUUACAUUAUGAAUGCAAUCUUAUACAACCCAGUUUUUGUCAGCAUUGAUUAUUGCUCUGGACUGUUGAAGUUGUGGGUGUUGAUGUUGGAGUGCAGUGUGUUGAAAGCUCCCCCAUAUAUUUUGCACCCCUAAUGUUUGUUAAUACAUCAAAUAAAAGGAGUGCAUGUCAGUCUAACACACUCAAGUACUCCACCAAAGUCGAAUGAUCACCUGUUUGAUCAUGAACUGAAAAGUCAAGGCUUCCUGAAAGGAGAAGUUAUGUCAGAGCUGUUAUUGUGGAUGUUAUUGUGGCAUUAGAUUGCCCAGUGGUUCAUAAAGUUAUGGCUGGUUGAUGUGUGUGUGGUUUGUAAAUGUGUUUGCAGUGAGCGGUUUAAUGCAACUGCAGGCUGUGAGGCACGGAAUAUAAAUGUCAGUCGAAAUGACAGGAAAUGCCUGUGUAUCUUGAAAGAUGUAUGAGAGAGAGAGAGAUAGAGAGAGGGCUGUACCCAACAAUGGCAUCUAUGUCUCAUUCAGAAAAAUACACCAGAUCAGCCCCAGCGUUUCUCAGUUUCUCGUUUUCUUCAUAAGAACUAAGGCAAAAAAAAAAAACAAGUCACUGGCCGAGCUCUGUAACCUUUUUGUUUUUGUUUUUCAAAUAAGUACGGGAAUUCAGAGGAAUGCUUUUUAGAAACUUUGUGCCCCAGACAUUGAACCAUUUGGUCUGACUCUUGACUCCUGUUUGCUUUUCACACAGGUGGGUUCAUGUGCUCUGUGCCAUCACUGUGCUGGAAGCUCGCUUUGUAAACAUCACAGAGCGAUGUCCCAUCGACCUCUCGUCCAUCCCACUGCCACGCUUCAGACUGGUAAGACUCAAAUACAGCUGUCCGUGUUUCCUUUGACUGGGGAUGAAUUUACACCCUUAAAGAGAUAUAUCAGAAUUCAUGACAUCGUUAUCAUAAAGUGAGUAGAUCAUGUACAGCUUGAGUUUUUUUUUCCAGACAGUUCAAACACAGCAUGUCCUGUUUACCAUUUACAUAGAUAACACUGAGGUCUGUUCAGUGAUAACGGCCUCUGGUGAUGGCUUGCUGAACAGAAACAUCAACACUGCACAUGCAUCACUAAAGAUUGUGCAAAACCAACUACAACAAGUCCUUUAGACUCUUGAUAAAACCAGGUUUAAAACAUAACUAUCAGGGAAGCUGGAACAAAAAGUUCUGAUAGCGUUACCGUCGCACAUGAACAAAUGGACAGUUGUUUCGGUAGUGACAGGCUGCAGAACCAAACAACUCAAUCAGGGAUCUACAUGUACUUCACAAGUUAAGAGUUGCCUGCAAAAGAUGGGCCACACUGUCGACAACAUACACACAACAUACAUUUCCUCCCGUACCACAACCACAGUUACUGUGUAAGCCAUUGUGGUUGAUAGGUCCUCUCCAUGCGAAUUUUGAGUACAGAAGCCCGUGAUGGAGCAGUCGACCGACGUCAAGUGUUGCAUGCACAUUGCAGAAAGUUGUUUUCUUUUCACCAUUUCACUGUUAGCUUAUGAUACCACAUAAACCCAACGCUGAUGGGAUGUGGUAAAGUCUUCUUUCUCUUUGCUGAGUCUCUGAGUCGGUUGAUUUUACAGAUGGAGAACAGUAGAUGCCUCUUUGUAUCAGCUUUUAACAGCAAAUACUCCUCACUAUGAGUGCUUUGACUGUUUUCCUCUCAUCACGAUGCUUUUCUUCUUCUCCUGUGUAAUAUGGGUCAGGUCAUGGGACAAAAAUUUCUUUUACUAACCACUGGCCUGUUUGACCCUCCCUCAGAAUGUAUAUCUGAUCAACGGAGCUGCAGUCAGAGCUCCCGGUUGUGGUUCCCACUGAGGAUACACAUUUCACCUUCAGGAAGUAGUGUGGUGCUUGUGGGCUGUUCCUGCUCAGUUUCACUUCACUUGUUUUUCUCUCUGGAUGUUUGCAGAUAACAGAUGCUAGUACUCGCACAUGAAGUACCGUCUCCACUUGAACCAUGUCUCCUUAAGAGAAAAGCUCAUGUUACAGGGUAGAAAACAGGUUUUUAUUUGAGGCUGGAGUCAAAGUCAGACAGUACGAGCUAAUCUCCUACUUUGUCUAUCCGUCUAUAAUCAGUCUUUGUGAAAUAAUGCAGGACAGGGUUCACUUCAGGUAGCCUAACUCCAUUGUUUGAGACUGUGAUCUCAAAGCAGGUGUUUUUCAAUGGAUCAGCUUCUAAAAAGUUCAUAUGAUGUCAAAACCUUUAUAAAAGUAACAAAAGGAAGUGGUGUCAUUUCCUGCUAGUGUGUCUGUGUUCCAGUUCGUGUCUGGGUCCGCUUGUAUCGCUCUGCCUUUGACAUUUUUUUUCUGUCUCCCUCUCAUCCUCCCCACUUGGCUCAUUUCCUUUCUCCUCCUUUCCUUCCCCUCUAUUAUAACCUGCCACUCAUAACUUGUCCUCUUGACCCCUCUCCCCACCUCACGCUUGUGUCUAUGUUGCUCCUGUAGAAGUGUGUGUACUGCAGGAAACGGAUGAAGAGAGACGCAAAAGGCUGCUGUGUCCAGUGCUCCCAUGGGCGCUGCUCCACCGCCUUUCACCCCACCUGCGCUCAGGCCGCUGGUAUCCUCAUGCACCCAGACGACUGGCCGUUCAUAGUCUUCAUCACCUGUCAUCGACACAAAACACCUGUCCUACCUGAGGUAACCCACAGUCAAGCAAAUGAUCCAACACUCUCUGGUCUGAAUCUCUGAGGAUCUGUCUGUAUUUGGUUUUUCUGUUUUUCGUGAGGAAAGAGGUUCACUGGAGUAGGGCUAAGCGAUAUGGCCUCAAAUCAAUAUCACCAUAUAUUUAGCAGUUCCUCGAUAACGAUAAAUGGACGUCAGCUGCUCCAACUUUUGAACCGUCCUCCAUCUCCUCACCUGUUUUUCCCUCUUUGUUAUGGACUGGAUGAGGUGGAGUCAUGUCUCCAACGUAGGACAGCGUCUUAAAGGGACAUAAGGCCAUAGCCUAGCUACUCACAUCCAGAACCAACUUUUAUUUAAUUAUUUUUUUGACACUGAAUAUACCGAUAUGGGCAAAAUGACGUUGGUCAUUGUCGUAAAUUUUUGUACAUUUUUAGUUUAUCGCCCAGCUCUACACUGAAGGGUUUGGAGGAAACAUUUAGGUUUUUUAAACUUAAAGGUCCUUAUACACCAGGGCCGGCAUGAAUAUAGAACGGGAAAUUACGAAAUAUUCGGAGGUGAAUUUUGACGUACCUGACUAUACACAUCAAGCCUGAUGCGAUUUUGCGACUUUUCAGGGGAGAAUAGGGUUUUCCCGGGGAAAGUCCCGCCUCCUUCGCCUCUGAUUGGUUAGAAAAGCUGGAAACAUCAUCACACGCUCAAGCCAAACGGUCAGCACUUCUAGCCAAUCAGAGGCGAUAAUAUAAGCACAUGAAACUAUGGUAACAACCAUUAGCUUACGUUAGCACAGAUGAAAGUUAAAACAAAGAUUGUCCUACCUGUCCUACAGGUUGUUAUCUUUGUAAUAUUUGUGUCUUAUAUCAUAAAGCACUCUCUUCUCAGACACGUAAACAAUCAGCCGGUCGGCCAUGUUGAAUAUACCGGUGAAUCAGACGUCGCAACAACACGCAAUCUGACUGGUCAGAAGUGGACACACAGUAUGCGAAACUUUAGAAAAAUCGACCAUGAUCUGAAAAAAUAAAUGCCGCAAUAUCACAGAACGGGAAAACGCUGCUGAUGUGAACGCUUGUAUUGACAUGAUACGGGUUCGAAAAAAAAAUAUAGACGUCCGAAAUAAUCGCACAGUCCCGGUGUGUAAGGACCUUAAGAGUGAUCUCUUCUUCUGCUUAAUGAAUUAAUUGCUGUAGUUAUUGGCCGCUUGCGUUACUGUUGAAACCAGUGCAACAUGUAAACACAUCCCUAUUAAUUCUCUACAUUUUUCUUACGUUCCAGGAAAGAUACUUACACGUCAUCGACACAUAGAUGAAUGCGUCUGUCUUGGUGUUGCUCAUAGUUUCUGACAAAGUUCUCUGACAAAGUGGAUGUUUUUGAUGUUGUUGUCAUUGCACCUAAGCCACCAGCUGAAAAAGAAAUGGUUGAAAAAACUUUUAAAAAACUUCCAGAGGGAUUCUUACUUUUGUUCAUGUUGCUGUGAUUCUCUAAUUGAGGGAGACAGGCAUCUGUUUGGUCCUGUCUAGAAAUAUGCAGCCCUGACAUUAUGCAAGAGGAGCUUGCUUUGAGGGUUUCUUGUCUGCUGUUGCUGUGUCGAGCUAUGUGAUUGCAUGUCAGGGCUUGUUUUUGUUGCUGCUACACUUCAGACUUUUUUGUUCAGUGGUGAAGAACAGUGUAAACAUGAGGGACAACAUGUUGUUUCAAGUAGAACAGCAGACUAACCCUGGCUGUUUUGUUUCUUUAGACUUGUGCAUCCUCAGGCGCUGCCAGCUCCUCACCUUUGUUGUCGCCAUUAGCGCUAUAGAAACAUAAACUCUGAAAAGUAAUGCUCUCUCUCUCUCUCUCUCUCUUCCAGCGUACCAAGGCCUCUCUGCGAGAGCUCAUAGAGGGCCAGAGGGUGAUCUGUAAACACAAAAAUGGUCGUUACUACCAAAGCGAGUUGCUGGAGCUGACCACCGCCACCUUCUACGAGGUUUUGUUUGAUGACGGCUCCUACAGUGACAACCUCUUCCCUGAGGACAUUGAGGUGAUUAGACUUUGAUAAACUGACGUUUUCCUGAUGACUUGCUUUGAUGACGAGUGUUCUUAUCUCACUCUUGUCCUGUGCAGAACCGUGAUUGCGCGCAACUUGGUCCACCUGCUGAGGGCGAUGCUGUUCAAGUGCGAUGGACUGAUGGAUUGAUAUACGGAGCCAAGUUUGUAGCAGCGCACUCCAUCCCGAUGUACCUGGUAAACGAGCCCUUAUCCGUCCGUCUGUCUGUUUCUUGGGUCCUGACAUGCUCACACAUGCUGAACUCAAACCACAUCAGAAAGAGCAGACUGUGUAUGUUAACCCUGAAAGGGUGGGAGGUCCAAAAACAAGGGAAAAAGUGGGCUUGCUCCUAAAUAUGCCCUAAAGCAGUUUGUCCUUUCAUCAUGUUUUAUGAUUGUUUUAGAGGGAAACAAUGAUGUGACAUAAAAAGCAGCGCAUUGUUAUUGUUCAACUCAAUUUGACAUGAUUCACGGCAGACUGAUGUGUAAAGAUAAAUCUAAUCAGAGCAGAAGUGAAGCAGGUCCAAAAGCAAUAAAAAGACUUUGUGUGUGUGUGUGUGUGCACACUCAGGUGGAGUUCGAGGAUGGAUCUCAAAUUUCUGUCAAACGAGAAGACAUCUACACGCUAGAUGAGGAUCUGCCCAAACGAGUCAAAUCCCGCAUGGUAACUUUCAGUCCUUUUCUGUCAUCAGAGAGUCUUUUUAACUUUUGUGUCAGCGAUCCACAUCCAGGUGUAACCUGUUGUCUGGGUUAUUAUUUGUUUGAAAUCAGAAGCGACAGAAAGAGCUGAUAUCUAUUUCUCAUGUUGUGCUCGGUCCUCAGUCGGUGGCGUCGGACAUGCGCUUCGAGCUCUUCACACAGAGCGAAGUCAAACAGACCUCCAAAAGGCAACGGGUCAUCAACUCCCGCUACAGAGAGGACUACAUCGAGCCCAUCAUCUACAGAGCCAUCAUGGAGUGAAGUCUGUCUCCAUCAUCUUCUCACCACAGAGAGACGCAGCUCCAGCUCUUCACGCGUUGGUCUCGCGUCUCUGUUUGUGGCUUCAGCUGAUAGGAAUGACCAACAUCACCCUCCUCCUCACUUAUCCCUGUCUCUUUUUCUUCCACGGCCCGUCAGGCGCCAUAUUUAUAAACUACGGCUGGGACUUUAAAAGACAUUAGUGUGCAUAGCCCAUCCUUUCUCAUGAUGUUAAGUUGUUUAUAUUUUCUUCCACUGUUGCAUUUUUUUCCUUUUUCUCAGGAAGAAGCCAUCAAUGAAUUAUUAACCAUGGAAAGGUCGGGCUGUCUUACUGCAGCAAGACGAUACGUAUUCUUUCCCACCAUCAUAUAGCAGCUGUCAUCUUUCACAUCCUGCAAUGGACAGGUUUUCUACUUUAGUGAUUCUUCUUCUCUAAAGUAAUUUAUCUCUGUUAAUUUUUAUUUUUUUUUAUUUGUCAUGAAUACUUUGCAGUGAAGAAAAUAGCGCGUAGGGAUGAACUCUGAGCAUUAACUUGGAUCAGGUGUAUUCUUUCUAUUCAUCAAGUGAGCAAACUUGUUAAUUAUGAGCCAAUCAGCUGUCGACGACAUUCAUUUGACUCAAUUUGAUUCCUUAAGAUCCGUGUUAACCCCAAAGAAAAGAAAAAAAAAUGUCCCGUUUUGACACAUCUUCAGAUUGUACUUUUCACUCUGUGCAUCUACUGUGAAAAAAGAAGAAAACUCCACACGUCUCAAAGGCCCGAGCCUUACUUUUCACAGGGCCUGGCAUCCUUUGGUAUUCCUAAAGCUUUGGCAUAACUCUUGUAAUUAAUGUUAUUAUUAUACUUUAUUUAUGCGAGUGAAUUGAGUUUGAAAACAAAGCUAUUUUUGUCAUGCCCUUUUCACGGUCUUCAGAAAACCUCAGAUGUAUUUAUAUUUAUUAUAUUGAAAGGUUUUCAGACAUCCUGUUUAAAUUUUCCAGGCUCACUUUCCUGUUUUGGAUAGGAGGGUGUGAAUGCCAGUCUGGGUCGAGUCCCUCAAAGCAAAAAGCACUUAUUGUUGUCCUGCUGAAGGACAUUUAGAUAUUUUUGUGUGUUCCUGAUGAAAAUUAGCUCUAGAUAUUUGUAACCAGGUUAUAGUUUGAUCCCAAAUAAAAAAAAGGUCAGAAGAGGAUGAUUUUCUUGUGCAG